AUGGCUGCACAAUCCACCUUACGCCGUUCCACGGCAGAUCGCUUCUCAGACCUCUUCGACCACUUCUAUGAGCGAUUGCAAGCCCGACUCGAUGCCUACCAAAGACGCAGUCCCUUGAGUAAACGAACGACUCGGUUGAUUGCCACGCUCGCCCUAUCGCUCACAAUCGUCGCCAGCAGUUAUGGAGGGUAUAGGCUAUAUCGUCGUCGCAAGAAGGAGCAGACCUUGGGCAGACAACUCCUCCGACGCAACAGUGGGCUGAAGAGCAAGGAUGGGUCGAGAACGAUAUUCGUGCCUUACAAGGACCGGACGACGAAAGUCACGAUACACCCUACGAAGAAUACCACAUUCGACGCCCAUCGAAGACUGUUCCUUAGCCCACCCAAGCAGACUGGGAUGGAGGCUGGCGUACCACCAACUAAUAUCAAGCCGGGGCUGAACAUGGCUUUCAUACAUCAGUUUGGUGCAUUGAUGAACAUUAUGAUACCACGGUGGAGGAGCAAAGAGACGGGCUUGCUCAUGACGCAUGCUAUCUUUUUGUUACUACGGACGUACCUCUCCCUCGUGGUAGCCCGCUUGGAUGGCGAGAUCGUCCGCGAUUUGGUAGCCGGGAAGGGUAAUGCCUUUCUGCUCGGUAUAGCCAAGUGGCUCUCGAUCGGUGCCGUCAGUAGCUAUACGAAUAGCACGAUCAAGUUCUUGCAGUCCAAGAUUAGUAUUGCAUUUCGGACGCGACUGACACGGUACAUCCACGACCUGUACUUGAACAAGAGUUUGGCCUAUUACAAGCUUCACAACUUGGACGGUGGCGUGGGACAAGGAGCAGAUCAGUUCAUUACACAAGAUCUGACGCUGUUCUGCGACAGUGCUGCUUCUCUGUAUUCGAGCUUAGGGAAGCCAUUGGUCGAUCUGGUGACUUUCAAUUUCCAGCUUUACCGAUCUCUUGGACCCUUGGCGCUGAGUGGCCUUCUGAUCAACUACUUCGCCACUGCGACCCUACUUCGUCGUCUCAGCCCACCGUUUGGGAAGAUGAAGGCAGUCGAAGGCCGCAAAGAAGGCGACUUCAGAUCUAUGCAUGCCCGGCUCAUCGCCAAUGCGGAAGAAGUUGCCUUCUACAAUGGUGGCGAGACAGAGCAUAUACUGCUUGACCAAGGGUUCCGAGAAUUACGAAAGUGGAUGGAGAAUAUAUAUCGCAUCAAGGUUGGGUACAACAUGCUCGAGGACUUUGUGCUGAAGUACUCGUGGUCGGCAUUCGGAUACCUCGUGACAAGCAUGCCUGUCUUCCUACCUACUUUGGGUGGGCUGCCGCCUGUCAGCAAUACUGCACAAUCGACAGCUCAAUCAGGCGUUGUACUGGCUGAGCAUUCGUCCGAACGCUCUGGUGGCCGCAUGAAGCAAUUCAUCACCAACAAACGACUCAUGCUUUCACUUGCCGACGCAGGGGGAAGAAUGAUGUACUCGAUCAAGGACUUAUCCGAGCUCGCCGGGUACACUUCUCGGGUAUACACAUUGAUCAGCACGCUCCACCGCGUACACGCUGAAGCAUACUACCCUGCUCGCGGCACAUACGCAGAGCUUUUCAGCUUAGCAGAUGUGCAAGGUACCUUGCAUAAAGGCUUCGAUGGUGUGCGUCUCGAGAAUGUACCGGUGGUAGCGCCAAGUGUGUAUCCAAUGGGUGGUGAAGAGCUCAUCGACAGUUUGUCCUUCGUUGUGGGGCCAGGUGAUCAUCUACUCAUCACUGGACCUAACGGCGCAGGCAAGAGUGCAGUCAGCCGUAUUGUCAGUGGUCUGUGGCCAGCUUAUCGCGGCCUCAUCUCUCGUCCCCGUCAUGAUGGUCAAGAUGGUAUCAUGUUCUUGCCGCAGCGGCCAUAUCUCAGCCCUGGCACCCUCCGAGAUCAGGUUAUCUAUCCUCAUACAGAAAUAGACAUGCAGGCUGCCGGGCGGAGGGAGAGCGAGCUGCAAGCAAUCCUAGAGCAGGCUAAGCUGGGCUACAUCCCUGAAAGAGAAGGUGGUUGGGAUACGAGGAAGAUGUGGAAGGAUGUGCUCUCUGGUGGCGAGAAGCAGAGGAUGGGUAUCGCGAGGCUCUUGUACCAUGAGCCCAGAUAUGCUUUCAUCGAUGAGGGCACGAGUGCGGUGAGCUCGGAUGUGGAAGGCUUGCUGUACGAGACGGCGAAGGCGAAGGGGAUCACACUGAUAACGAUCUCCACUCGCGCUUCGCUGAAGCGCUAUCACUCUUACACCUUGACCCUCGGGCUGGGCGACGAGGCCAACGAGUACGAAUUUUUGCGGAUUGGUACAGCGAGCGAGAAGAGUAGUGUCGAAAAGGAGCUAGCGGAGCUGCGGGAGAGACUGAGCCAGGUGGAUGAAUGGAAGAGGCGGAAGCAGGAAAUCGAUGUCGAACUCGGAAAGGUCUGGGUGGCGGGAGAUGGAAAUGCUGAACAGUCCUCCCUCGAUGCGCCCUGA